GCGGAUGAACCCUAUUCUGAGAGCGGCUACCGCUAUUAGAUCCUUUCUAUAGUGUUUUGCCGUGGAAAAAGAAGAAAGAGCACGAUCGACACCUUAACCUCUCCUCGAUUGCUCGAGGUAAGUGUUUCUUUUUUUAAAGAAAGAAAGUGCCCCAGAUCGCUCUGAAGUUCUUUGAUGUAGCUUGUGAUCGAUGGUUUGAAGCUGUUUUGGCCGUCAAAUCUGGGAAUUUCUUGCAAAAUCCUUUGGGAAAUCACGGUUUUUGGGGUCCAUUUCGUCGAGAUUUUCGGUCUUGCUUCCAGUGACUCCAUGGAAAGGCAAUCAAACUGCAGUCCUUGUUCAUCCAAUGAAGAUGCAGUACUAGAUGUGAAGCCAUUACGGUCCCUAGCUCCAAUGUUUCCUGCACCACUGGGUUUGAACACUUUAACCCAAUCAACUGCCCCUCCUUUUGUUUGUGUCGCCCCUGCUGGUCCAUUCCCAUCUGCUUUCGAGUCGGGGUGCCCUUCUGGCUUCUCUCCAGCUUUCGCCUCAUUUGCCACUUCAGAAGCCCCUCACCAGGGGCCAGUGGGCCCUGUUCCUGGGGCUGGAGUUGCUGAUGCUGAAAUACCCAACGCUAAUGGCUGUAUUCGAGCCACUCCACUCUCUGCUUCCUUUCGGACACCACGAUCAAACAUCAUCCCAUUGGACGAUGAUGAAGAACCUACUUACAGUGGCCACACCUCAACAUCCGGAAGGAGGAUUAAGAGGCCCGUACACUUAAGUAGCUAUCGUUCAGUUGGUUCUGAUACAGAGAUCACUGAUGGGUUGAAGGUCAAAAGGGCACGCCCUAGAAAGGUUUUCGACAGUGAGCUAGCUUUGGUGCCAUCUUCAUUGCAUGAUCCCAAGAAAUCAGUAGAGGCGAUCCUCAUGACUUUUGAUGCGCUUCGUCGGAGGCUUCUGCAGGUGGAUGAGGCAAAUGAUAUAAACAGGCGUGCAGAUUUAAAAGCUGGGGCCAUCAUGAUGGCUAACAAUCUCAGGGCUAAUUUAGGGAAGAGGAUAGGACCUAUUCCAGGGAUUGAAAUUGGGGAUAUUUUCUAUUUUAGGAUGGAAAUGUGUGUGGUUGGGUUGCAUGCCCCUAGCAUGGCUGGUAUUGAUUACAUGAAUGCAAGGUUCGGUGAACAGGAUGAUACUGUGGCCAUCAGUAUUGUGUCAUCUGGGGGUUAUCAAAAUGAAGAAGAUGAUGUGGAUGUUUUGGUUUAUAGCGGCCAGGGAGGCAGUAGCAAAAACAGCAAAAAUCAAAUGGAUGACCAAAAGCUUGAAAGAGGUAACCUCGCUCUGGAGAGAAGCAAGGACCGGAAGAAUGAGAUUAGGGUAAUAAGGAGUGCAAAAGAUUUCAGCGUGCAGAAUGGCAAGAUUUACAUCUAUGAUGGCCUUUAUAAGAUUCAGAAGUCCUGGAUAGACAAAAGUAAGUCUGGCUUUAAUGUUUUCAAGUACCAGUUGCUAAGAGAACCAGGACAGUCUGAUGGACUUUCAGUGUGGAAACGGACUCAGAAAUGGAAAGAGAAUCCAGCAUCUAGAGAAAGAGUUAUACUCCCGGACAUAUCAUCUGGUAUUGAAAAUAUACCUGUUUGCCUCGUUAAUGAUGUUGAUGGUGAGAAGGGACCCAGCCAUUUCACAUAUGUCACAAAAGUUAAGUAUUUGAGACCUAUUAGCUCAAUGAGACGAUCAGGGGGCUGCGCAUGCCUUAGCGUGUGCCUUCCUGGUGAUACCAAAUGCUCUUGUGCUCAACAAAAUGGUGGUGACCUUCCAUAUAGUUCAACCGGGUUCCUUGUAAGCCGCAAGCCUAUAAUAUAUGAAUGUGGUGGUUCUUGUCAGUGCUCUAUUAAUUGCCGGAAUAGAGUGACUCAGAAGGGUAUUAGGCUCCACUUUGAAGUUUUCAGAACAAGGGACAAGGGUUGGGGUCUUCGAUCCUGGGAUCCUAUUCGGGCAGGUACAUUUAUUUGUGAAUAUGCAGGCGAAGUUGUUGAUGAAAUCAGAUUGGAUGAUGAUGGUGAAGAGGAUGAAUACAUAUUUCAGACAACAGGUGCUGGUGAGAAGACAUUGAAAUGGAACUAUGAACCUGAGUUGCUUGGAGAACCAAGCACAAAUGACUUAAGUGAGACUUUUAAGCCGCUGCCUAUUAUCAUAAGUGCAAGGAAUAUGGGCAACAUAUCCCGUUUUAUGAACCAUAGCUGCUCUCCUAAUGUCUUUUGGCAGCCUGUUCAACAUGAAUAUGCUGAUGAAGGAUACCCACAUAUCAUGUUUUUUGCAAUCAAGCACAUUCCUCCCCUGACAGAAUUGACGUAUGAUUAUGGCCAGGGGGAAGUUGAAUCUGGUGGCAUGGGGCCCCGUAGAGCUAAGAAGUGUUUAUGCGGAUCCCAAAAAUGUCGAGGUUUUUUCCUCUAAAUCUUGAGGAAGAUAUGCAUGGGGUAAAUAAAAUAAUAACCCAACUCUCAAGGCAAGAAUCUAUACCACGUGUUUCUUGCUUUCUUUCUUUUUGAAGAAAGUAAUCUCACCUGUUUGCAAAAUUCAUAUCGACUAAAGUGUUUUUUUCCAGUUUCCCUUGCUGCCUGUAAUCUAGAUUUCAAAGGAUGACAUUGGUAUGGCAUGUGGCAAUGUCCUGUCACUGGUUAUCGGUCAACAGUCGCGAAGACUCUGAAAAGUCGCUUUAGUAACUGAAUGAACAGCGCUGACUUUUGCGGGUUUGCCUUCAUGGUGUGGUGGCUUUCAUAUAGGAGAAGUGCAGAGGAACUAUCAAGAUCCAUCCGAGCUAAAACUUGGGAAGCCAUCAACUUUUGUAACCUAGAUGAUGUAAUUCUGCUGUUAAUUGUAUACUUUCUUCUCUUAAUUCUUACAUGUUUGUACAAGUUUUACAUGGUCAGAAAUUUCUUAAGUAGUGUGUUUUGAUAAUUGAGCAAAUUGUGGUUC